CCAUUUUAUUGCAGGGAGGCACAGCUCAAACGCCCAGAACCAGGUUGGUUGCCCUCGGAAGCGCCCACGGGAGCUGCCGCCUUCGUGCCCGCGAAAGUGCCGUGGAUCCAGCGUCUCGCUUUGCCAACCCCUCGUUCUACCUUAAGGAUGGGGCGAUCACGCGGCCUCCUCGUGGCCCUGGGGCCAAUGGCAAGAGGCGGCUGGAAAGCGCCGGCCAAUCGGAGCGCCGUCCUUGCCACACCCCUCUUGGGCCAGCCAAUGGGGACGCAGGGCCGCCGAGCGCGCCUCCUGAUUAGGGAGCCUUUGCAAUUGUUGCAGAGAGGCGCUGCUACUACUAUUACUGCUACUCGAGGAAUCGGAGCUUCUUUUGGCCAAGGGAAUCCGAAGCGGGAAUUCGGUUCGGCUGCGGAAACCAUGGACGGCAAAAAGUAUGUGGUCAACUUCGGCGCGGGACCCGCUAAAUUGCCACGGGCGGUAUUAUUAGAUGCCCAGAAAGAUCUGGUGGAUUAUAAAGGCCUUGGCAUUAGUGUUCUUGAAAUGAGUCACAGAACGUCUGACUUCUCAAAAAUCAUCAAAGCAGCUGAAAAUUGCUUGCGGGAGCUUCUCAAGAUACCAGAAAAUUACAAAGUGAUAUUUCUCCAAGGAGGUGGGUCCGGACAAUUUAGUGGCAUUCCACUAAAUCUUAUUGGAUUAAAAGAAGCAAGGUGUGCCGAUUAUGUUGUGACCGGCGCAUGGUCAGCAAAGGCAGCCAAGGAAGCAGAGAAAUAUGGCAAGGUCAACCUUGUUCAUCCUAAACUCUCUAGUUAUACAAAAAUCCCUGACCCGAGCACUUGGAACCUUAACCCAGAUGCCUCUUAUGUCUAUUAUUGUGCAAAUGAGACGGUCCAUGGUGUGGAGUUUGACUUUGCACCCGAUGUUGGGAAGACAGUCCUGGUUUCCGAUAUGUCUUCAAACUUCCUCUCUAGACCGGUGGAUGUCUCUAAGUUUGGAGUAAUUUUUGCUGGUGCUCAGAAGAACAUAGGAUGUGCUGGCGUAACGGUGGUAAUUGUGCGUGAGGAUUUAAUUGGCCAUGCGCUGAAGGAAUGCCCUAUAGUGUUGGACUACAAAGUGCAAGUGGAGAAUGCCUCAUUAUACAACACUCCUCCGUGCUUCAGCAUCUAUAUCAUGGGUUUAGUCCUCGAGUGGAUUAAGAACAACGGUGGAACUGCAGCUAUGGAUAAACGCAGUCAAACUAAAUCACAGAUGAUUUAUGACAUUAUUGACAAAUCCAAUGGAUUCUAUGUAUGCCCUGUGGAAAGAAAGAACAGAAGCAGAAUGAAUGUUCCCUUCCGGAUUGGUAGUAUUAAGGGAGAUGAAGCCCUUGAAAAGAAAUUCCUAGAUAAAGCUGUAGAAAACAACAUGAUAUCCCUGAAAGGACAUAGAUCUGUGGGAGGAAUCCGGGCCUCCUUGUAUAAUGCUGUCACAGAAGAAGAUGUUGGAACGUUAGCAACAUUCAUGAAAAACUUCAUGGAGACUUACCGGUCAUGAAUACAAAAAAUAAAAUGAUAUGCUGCAUCCCUGUGACAAAAAAGUCUUAAGAAUUGGAAGAUUAUAAAAAACAUUUCUUAGAGAACUUUCCACAAGAGAAGCAAAAAACCGCUGGUCUACUAGUACUCUUAAGUAGUUUAAACUCAUCUAGAAGGGCCCUUUGGAAAUGCUUAAAGUUCUUCAAAACAUAUCUCUGUAUUAAAGUAUUAGUAGGGGAUGUUUAGUAGCUCAUAAAAGGAUUGGGUAAACUAGUAAUUUUAUAUCAAAUCUCAGCACACAUAAGGUAUAGAGUGCAUUGGAGACUGGAAUUACAUUCAUUUUAACCCUACUAACAUAUUUGAUGUUGAUGUAAGUCAUCCCACCAACAAUCCACUUUGAUGCAAAAUAGUACCUACCUUGUGUGCAUUUUUGCUGAUGCUUUUUUCCAGUUUUUCUGGCUCUUCCUCUCUUAAUCCUUUCCAUUUCUAAAAUUAAGAAUGCCAAGUGCUUGAUCUGGUAAGCAGAGUUAAGCGAGUACCAGUUUGUUUACACACAUGAGGCUAAGUUCAACAGCAUUACUUUUCAUAUCUGAUCAUUCCAAAGGAACAUUACUCUGUGGUGCCUGAGGGAACGACUGUCAAUUAUGUGUUGCUGACCUCAGCUUUUGCAAACAUUUUGAAAAAGGAAGUCUCUUAUGUUUUAUCCACUUAGCUGUGGUGUUGCUUUUCUUCCUAAAGUAUUAAGCACACAUUCAACUACACUGAGGUGUAGGCUGUUUUCUUUUAAAAUACUAAAUGUAUUGACUUAGAAAAUAACCUUUUGGCAGACUUGCGUUUCACUACCAAGGGAGUCAAAAUUAGUUUCCUUCCUAGUGCUUUCUUCCCGUGGAGUCAACACCCUCUUUGUUUUUCUCCAAAACCAUUGCACAAUUCCGGCUAUUCAUUUUUUUUCCAGUCAGAAACCAUCUUGUACAGUUUAUGCUUUCAAAAGAGGCCUUGCAUGUUCUUCAUGCACAAAUUGGUUUUAUACAUGAACCCAGCAUCUAUCCCAUUUCAACGAUAGUGUUCAAGUCUUAGGUCCCUUCCACAUAGCUGAAUAAAAUCCCACAUUUUCUGCUUUGAAGGAUAUAUGGAAGUGUAGACUCAGAUAACCCAGUUCAAAACAGAUAUUGUGCAAUUUUCUGCCUUGAUAUUCUGGGUUAUAUGGCUGUGAGGAAGGGCUCUUAGAGUGACCCUCUGAGAUUUCAUCACUUGUUAUUAUUUUUCUACAUCUUCUAUACAUUGUUUAGUAUAAGUCCAUGUCUGUGUCAAAAACUCCUUAUCCAAAACUUUUGAAGUCGGUAACAAAUAUGCUCUCAUAUAUAUAUAUAUAUAUAUAUAUAUAUAUAUAUAUAUAUAUAUAUAUAUAUAUCUGUUUAAACCACUUGUUACAUGGCAUAAAAAUGACUAAGAGAUCAAAUUUCUACCCAUCACUUCCUGUCUCCUUACAAAUGGAAUUCAUCAGGCUGGGGACAGAAUUUUAAUUUCCUGCCCAGUUUAAUGGUAUACAGUAUUAUGCAUAGUAUGAAAGCUUAAGUAGUAUGAAUAGUGUCUCAGUUUAUUCUUGGUAUAAUGGCCAAAGGUGGUGAACAUGCACCGCUAUAAAACAAAUACUUUUAUUUGCUUAGUUUUAAAUAACCAUGCUUUACUUUCUUCUUGUGUUACACCACGAGUUGAAAACCAAUAAAACACUUCUAUGAUA